UGGUGUUUGGUUAUUGAUUUGGGGAGGCGUGAUACUGGCCUAAUCCAAGAUUUAGUAGAAAGUGUUUGUUGAUUUUUGAAUUUGUGUACUGUUAUCGAAAGUGAGUACGUCAACAUGGUGAUACCGGGAAUUCCGUUUAUCAAGCUGAUCCCCCUGCUGGGAGGAUCGGCUCUGAAGGCGGCUCCGGCCGUGACAGCCGUGACGGCUACCGUGGCGGCGGCCAUCAAAACGGCCACGGCGAUCGUCGGCGUGGGAAAGCUCGCCAUCAUACCGAUACUGAUUGCAUCGCUGGCGUAUUACAACUAUGACCUGUUUGAUCCCGAGAAUCGACCGUUCAACAUGAAGGAGGUGAACCGCGAGUACGAUUUUAUCGUCGUCGGAGCCGGGUCAGCGGGAGCCGUGGUAGCGUCGCGGCUGUCCGAAAUUGGCGACUGGAAGGUGCUGCUGUUGGAGGCGGGUGGCCACGAAACAGAGAUCUCCGACGUGCCGAUCCUGUCGCUUUAUUUGCACAAAAGCAAGUUGGAUUGGAAGUAUAGAACCCAGCCCCAGAAGACGGCCUGUCAGGCCAUGAAGGAGAAUCGAUGCUGUUGGACGCGUGGCAAAGUUCUCGGGGGCUCGUCGGUGCUCAACACGAUGCUGUACGUCCGCGGGAACAAGCGCGACUUUGACCUGUGGCACGCGCUCGGAAAUCCGGGCUGGAGCUACGAGGAGGUGCUGCCGUACUUUAGAAAGUCCGAGGAUCAGCGGAAUCCCUACCUGGCGCGGAACAAGAGACAACACGCAACAGGUGGUCUCAUGCAAGUGCAGGAUGUGCCCUACCUCACGCCGCUGGGAGUUUCCUUCCUCCAAGCGGGAGAAGAGAUGGGUUACGAUAUCGUGGACGUGAACGGCGAGCAGCAGACCGGAUUCGCGUUCUUCCAGUUUACGAUGCGACGUGGGACGAGAUGCAGUUCGUCCAAGGCCUUCCUGAGACCGGUCAGAAACCGCAAAAAUCUGCACGUAGCUUUGUUCGCCCACGUCACCCGUGUCAUUAUGGACGCCGAAAAUAAGCGCGCCUUGGGCGUUGAGUUCAUACGGGACGGCAAGAAGCACGAGGUUUACGCGACGAGGGAGGUCAUCUUAUCGGCCGGGGCCAUCGGAUCGCCACAUUUGCUGAUGCUGUCCGGUAUUGGUCCGAGAGAGAAUCUGGAACAAGUUGGAAUUCCCGUGGUUCAUGAUCUGCCCGGGGUGGGACAAAACUUGCAAGAUCAUAUCGCCGUUGGUGGUUUGGUAUUCCGCGUGGAUCAGCCAAUCUCUGUGAUCAUGAACCGGUUGGUGAAUUUGAAUUCGGCUAUUCGAUACGCAGUCACGGAAGAUGGUCCACUGACCAGCAGUAUUGGGUUGGAAGCAGUCGGUUUCAUCAACACGAAGUAUGCAAAUCAAACGGACGACUGGCCAGAUAUCGAGUUCAUGUUGACUAGCGCCUCGACACCCUCGGACGGGGGAGAUCAGAUCAAGAAAGCUCACGGAUUGAAGGACGAAUUUUACGAUUACAUGUUCAGCGAAAUCAACAAUCAGGACGUGUUUGGAGUCUUCCCCAUGAUGUUGCGUCCCAAAAGUCGUGGAUUCAUCCGACUGCAAUCGAAAAAUCCUCUACGUUACCCAUUAUUAUACCACAAUUAUCUCACCCACCCCGAUGACGUUGGUGUCCUCCGCGAAGGAGUGAAGGCAGCUAUCGCCUUCGGGGAAACUCAAGCAAUGAAACGCUUUGGAGCAAGAUUUCACAGCAAGCAAGUUCCCAACUGCAAACAUUUACCGGAAUUCACCGAUGAGUACUGGGAUUGCGCCAUUCGCCAGUACACCAUGACGAUCUACCACAUGUCGGGAACCGCCAAAAUGGGUCAACGGUCGGAUCCGUACGCCGUCGUAGACCACAAACUGCGCGUUCACGGAGUGAAAGGUUUGCGUGUGAUCGACGCCAGUAUUAUGCCAAGAAUAACCAGCGGUAACAUCAGCCCCGUCAUCAUGAUCGGAGAAAAGGGUGCCGACCUGGUUAAAGAACUGUGGCCCAAAGGUUACUACAGCAGAAGAGGGAAGCGAGAGCGAGACCAGGAAAACGUUACCAGCACCGAUUCUAGCCUAACAAAUGUUACCUCCUCCGAUAGCUAAGUGUUGGAGAUUCUAAGUAGAGUAUAACGCAAACAGCAAACAAACCAAAAUGCCACUGCUAUUGUUAGGUUUUUUCGUUUCAUUUUUGUUCAUUUAGUUAAGAAAGUUAAGGAAAAUUGUUGCCCACACUCAUGUCCGCCCAGCGAAUCAUUGUACAUAAUAUCGAGGUAGCUUAAGAGUUAAGGUGUAAUCGUGCAUCCUUGCUUAAGUUUGCAUUACGAUGUUGCAAACAAAGUAUGAGAGGAUCUUAAUUUUAUCACAUAAAAUGACUGACUAUUUAAGUUAGUAGCACUACGUAACAUUUUUUUAGUUUUGUAGACAAAAUUUUCUAAUUGAUU